AUGAAAUUGAAAUACAAUAAACUUCUCGUUUCGGUGGUGAUUGUCACCUUUGUAACAUUCGGGUUGCUCUUAGCGGAAUGUUUUGGAAAAUCAAUUGAUUAUCAAGAAAAAUCAAUAUUUCCAUCGUUUGUCAGCCAGGGAUUCUUCGAAACUCGUACGAACAAUGAAGAAUACAUUAUCGAGAAAAUCGCUCAAACCCAGGAGAAUGGAGUAGAUAUGCGAUCAACGUUACAUUUCACUCAACAUGGAUACUUACUGAACAACAUUUCAAAUUUGAAAAUUAAAUUUCGCCAAAAAACAUACACACUCAAUGAUGUCUGCUUUAAACCACAUAUUACAAUAUUCCAACAAUCCUCUUCAUCCGAUCAAAACGAAUAUCCACAUUAUAUCCAGAGGCUUCUUCUUGAAAUGCAACGUCUGUCACCAUGUCUUAUCGUGACACCUCUAAACUGUUUCUAUGAUAUCUACCGUAUUCAUGGUGAAAUCAGUAAUUGGAAUAAGAAUACCGACUUUUUGAAUCGAAGACUUAGAAAUUCUUAUAUUGAAGCUAUUGGAGAAAAUGAUGAGAGGCCGUAUGUGAAAUCAAAUUAUGGACCUAGCCUGAUCAAAAGUUGGGCCGAUCACAUGUUUGAUUUACCAUCGAAGUCAUUCACCAACUCAACUAAAGAUGCAUUAUUUCAGAAGAUUAAGCUUUGGCUUUUGAGCAUAGAACCACGCCAAAAAACAUGUGCAGCUUCAAUUCAUUCCUGUGACACACCUCUGGACUCUGAACACUACUUCAAUAUAUGUACAGAUAUGCAGUCUGUUGAUAAUUUCGCUGAAAAGAAGACAAAGUUCAAAUUAGAAGAUGUCGAUGAAGAAUUCGCAAUGAAUCUCGAUUGUGUGGAUGAUCAAGAACAGUUCAUUGAAUGGAUGCAGGAGUUGGAGAUCAGAAAAAUGUAUUCUCAUGUAACUGAAAAGCCAGAUUAUCCAAAUGUUGUAAAUCAAACAUGCGAUAAGAUUUUUCAUGAUUUGAAUAGCACUGGAAUUGAAUUUUUCGACGGAUCGAGAAGCUUCAGUAGUACAAAAUCUCAAUUUGAUACAAUGCAAACGGAAAUUGUCCUGUUAACUCCUGAAAUGCUCUUAUCAGCUAUGCAACAUUCAGACUUUGUGAAUGGUUUUGAAUCAAUUUGGACUAUUGAAAAAGCUGAAGAACUUAUUCAUGAAUUCCGAUUAGCCUUGAAAGAAGAAACUGAGAAGUUCAAAGAGAAUAGAAUGAGCAAAAUGAUAAGAGUUACAUCACGAGUUUUGGAUAAUACUGUAACUACGAAACUUCAAUCAUUUUCGGAGAAACAAACAAUACAUUUUGUGGUUAAUGUACAUUCAUUAAUUGUGAUCUUAUUCACAAUCUUCGUAUGGUCUGGUGCUCCUCUCAGAUCAGCUUUCAUGUUUUUUGUUCGAGAUGCUCUCACGUGUUUACUUUUCUGUUUUGUCUGCAGUACCGAUGGAGUUAUCGUUUUGGAUACGGAAUUAAUAAAGUAUAUAAUUGUCCUUACAUUGGCUAAUCUCUACUUCACAACUCGUUCUUCAUUCUGUACUGAACGACUAUCCCGAUGUAUUCAACGAGAAAAACGGUUUCCCAUAAACUCAAAUUUUGCUUCUCUUAUUACAGUUGACACAAUGACUGAUUCUCGUCAAAUACAAUACUUCCUUAGUACUGUAACAAAGUAUCAAGCAGCCCAAGACUCAUAUUCAAAUGAAUUAUUUGAAAGGUUCCCGAAGAAUUGGGGUUGCACAUCAAUUCUGAUAUUUCCAAUCGUUUUCGUCUAUUGGUAUUUCAUUGAUUCUAAUUUUGACAAGAUUUGUGUUUCUGUUCUACCAUCAUUUUGUUUGGCUGCUGGUGAAGAGCUUUUUGCUAAGAAUAUGUUUUGGAAAGAGCGUGAAGCAAUGCAAGCAAAGCAACGACUGGAAAAUGAAGAACAGGCUGAAAGUAUUACUGGAAGCUCCCUUGAAAAACUGUUUGCUGGUAAUAAACCGGUUUCUAACACAGACAAAGCUAAUAUUGUCAAAAAAUCAAGCAUCAUCAGAAAUCAAAAACCUUGUCUCCAAGAUCUUUCACCCGGUACCUACGAUGUUUCGAAUUUCAUGAAGUAUCCACAUCAAGCAUCCAGAAUAUUCCGGGAAAAGAUCAUUGGAUUAUAUCUUAGGAUUCUGAAAUUGAGAACACUCGGUGUGAUUUUAUGCAUUCCUGCGAUUCUUCUAAUUGUGAUAUCAAUUGGAUUGCUGUUUAUUCCAGUUAAAAGAGAAACACUUCAUACAGAUUCGAAGCAAGACGACAUAUUCAUUGAGUUCGAGAUUUUCAAUUUUUCUACUAAUUGGAAGAUAGUCAACCAAAAUCUGAAGCAGUUCAGUGAGGACAUUGAAAGUAUUGGAACACUUUAUACAAUUUCGAAUUGGCAGAAGAGUUUCGAACGAUUUGAACAAGAAACUAAUAAGAAUGCUUCUGCAGAAUGGAAUAUAUUGUUCAAAUGGAUAAAUGAUGAACCGAUCAAUUCAGCAGUGACUUUAUUUUCGGAAAAAUCAUCUGGAAAUCAAACAAUUGCAAAUCCAUUUAAGUUUCGUCUACGCUAUGGGUUUGAUGCGAAAAAUGAGACAACUGUGAUAGAAAUUGUUCAGAAAAUCGAUGAAUUGCUCUCCAAAUGCUCGAAAAACCUUUCACCAAAAGCAGUCGGUGUCCUCUACGAGCAUUAUCAUCGAAUCGCAGUUGUCUGGAAUCUCUUCGCUUUCAAUCAACUCACUACAGCAGGGAUCUUCAUUAUUCUGUUGUCUAUAAUCACUUUCAUCUUUGCCAUCACACCAACUAUCAAGGCGACUUUUCUGUUUUCCUUAUUGGUCGUUGGGACGCAAAUCGAAGUGGCUGCAUUGGUCCACUUAUUCUCACUCGAUCACCACCAAAUCUACACUAAUUUGGCACUUUUUGCUGGUUUCCUCGCCGCCUGGGAUCCGUUUUGUGCUUUAUUGCGAUAUCGAAGACGAAUUUUGUACAAAAGUGAAACUAGACGAACCCCUGAGUUGGCAUCAAAGAGACGAGUUCUUUUGCCAAUUGUUGCUACAGCUGAUAUUGCUCAAUUUUUUGUGUUACUUAUUACAGCGUUCUCCAUACUUGCGAUCAUCUGCUCCAUCGUUCCCGAGCUCAAUAUAUUCUUCGUACCUACAGUAAUCCUCAUUGUCAUUCAAAUUGUCGCUGUGUUCAAUUCAAUCAUCGUUUCAAUUGCAACAAAACAAAUGUUUGAAAGUGAAGUUCGACACUAUCUUCAUAGAGACUUGCGGGGCAGCACUACCGCUGUCCGGGUCUACAAUUUGGUGCAGAAACAAAGACUUGCUUCAUCGUUAGACGAGCCUCAGGUCGAGCUGGACGAAUUCUCAAUCAAACGAUCAUCUCCUCCCUGCCGAUAUUAUGCUCCACCACCAAAAUAUUCAUGUAAGAAAAGAAGUCGAUCAUCUGAUGAAGACGAGGAUUCUGACCCAAAUCAGCCAGGACCAUCCAAUCGUAGAAGCCCCAAAACCGGCAAUAAACGUGUCAGAGGAAAUGGUGAUAACACUGAACUUUAUAUUCCAAAUCGUUAUGAGCUCAUUGUUUCUGGAAAGUCAGUAGGCGGUAACACUAGUGCUGCAUGGAAUGGGCCUGGAAGCACUUUGGAACAAAAUAUGAAUGCUCUUGAGGAAUGCUUCGAAUUGGGAGUUGAUGAGUAUGAUUUUGACGAGCAUGAUGGGGAUGAAGGUUGCGAACUGGUUCAAGAUAUGCUAGAUCGAGAAAGAAAUUUGAUGAAUAAAAGAUCUACGGCACAGAGAAGGGAAUCUCGAAACAUUGAAAAGAUGAAGAAGUCGCAAGAAAAUUUGGACAAAGAAAAGAGUGAAGAGAAGAUCAGUGAAUCGAAGAAGAAUCAGGAUGACAGCAUAGAGAGUCCGAAUCUCCCAGGAACACCUGCCAACCUUCCAGUUGAUGAACCACUUCCACCAGUUGGUCGAUUGUAUAUUGUGGAGCAUGUCCUUCCAGAAGAAUAUCGGCGAGAUCCAUUAACCGAGCCACCAUCAAUGGAAGAUUGCAUUCGAGCUCACUCUGACCCCAACCUUCCACCUCAUCCGCGUGCUGAUCAAUACCCAGCCUCAUUCACCCGUCCAAUGGUUGAAUAUUGCGAAGAUAUUUACUGGACACACCGAACUGGACAGCUACCUCCAGGACUUCAAGUACCCCGUCGACCGUACGAUUAUUAUCACAUUACCGAGCGUACACCACCACCGGAAGAUCUCAACUGGGUCCCACCAGCCGAAUCCCCACCGAUCCCGAUUCCUCAGCAAGCAUUCGAUUUGCUAGAAGAAAGAAGACGAAAUCAUCGUGAGCAACAAGAUGAAGCACGGGAAGGCGACCUAUCAGACCCAGAGGUUUAAAAUGUCUGUUUCCUUUUUCAGAAUUUGGUUCCAAAAUUUCAUUUCUUACUCAUUUUCGUUUCUAUUAUUUGUACAAUUUCCAUUUCAUUAUUUAAUUUCUUAUCUACUCAUAUCUACUCAUAUUUAAUUUCUUAUCUACUCAUAUCUAAUCGUCCACUCGACCUCAACUUGUAAUCUUUACGAAUUUUGUUUUCUUGUUAAUAAACGUAAUAAGUUUAAAACAUUUAUUAUAAAU